UAGCUUCAUUUAUACGAUACACGGUUCUGUCUUUUCCAUCCCUUGCCUUUUGACACGAGAAUCAUGGCGCUUAACCUUACUGUAAAAGUGCAUCCUGUUGUUUUAUUCCAAAUAGUUGAUGCAUACGAACGGCGAAAUGCAGAUUCUCACCGUGUUAUUGGCACUUUACUGGGAACUGCUGAGAAGGGAGUGGUGGAAGUAACUAACUGUUUUUGUGUACCUCAUAAGGAGUAUGAUGAUCAAGUUGAAGCAGAAUUGAAUUAUGCCAUGGAUUUGUAUGAUUUGAAUCAUAGGGUGAAUACCCAGGAGAAUAUUGUUGGUUGGUGGGCCACUGGGAAAGAGGUGACUAAUCAUUCAUCUGUCAUACACGAAUAUUAUGCACGAGAGUGCAAUAACCCAAUACAUUUGACAUUGGAUACAACAUUAGCAAAUACUCCUAGAAUGGGAAUAAGAGCAUAUGUUUGUGUUCAAUUGGGAGUGCCAAAUGGAAAACAAGGAUGUAUGUUUACACCAGCAAAAGUUCAGGUUACUUCUUACGAGCCGGAAAUUGUAGGUCUCCAACUGUGCUCUAAAACACAGCGGCCUGUAUCUGGUUCACUGAAACCUGCUGGCACAGUGGAGCCAAUGAUGGAUCUGGCACAAAUCGCUGAAGCUAGUUCAAAACUCUCUUCUAUGUUAGAGCAAGUGCUCGCAUAUGUGGAUGAUGUUUUAGCAGGCAAACAACUUCCUGAUAAUCAAGUUGGACGAGCUCUACUGGACAUGGUUCACUCUGUACCAAAAAUGUCAAGUGAUCAAUUUGAUGAAAUGUUCAACAGCAACGUAAAGGAUCUUUUAAUGGUAGUGGCCUUAUCGCAACUAAUCAAGACUCAGCUGCAACUCAACGAGAAAUUAACUCUCCUUACCAGCCUAUGAGUAAAGUGAAUUUACCAUUGGAAAUCCUGUAUAUUUUUGGAUUUGCUGUGCUAAAAUCUUCGCAGCAUAAUCGUUAUUGAAAGUUAUCAAUACAAUGUACAUGCAAUAAUGGAUAAAUCAAUUGCAAAUAAUAAUGAUGAUCCCGUA